CACUCGCUCGGUGUAGUCUGUCUCGCGAUGCACAACCACGUUCACAAUCCAUUCGAUGACCCGGCUGGCUCCGACACAUCGCUCGAGAGCACCGAAGCUGUCCUGACCGUCGGCCGGAACGCUACACUUACACUGGCAACAGACGCUCUGAUCGUGCUGGAUGAGGGUCUACGCCAUCGAAGAGCUGCCUCGAAUUGCUGCGGUCUGCUGCCACAAUUGUCGAAAACCACGCGAGCGAUACCUUUCCACAAUGUCCUCUGGGCAGAAUUGAACGACUUCGAUGUGAAUGUGCAUUACACUCAGACUGUGGGUCGCAAAAGCAAAGGGUGUAGGGUCGCCCUCAUCACAUACAAUGUCACGGAUAAGAGCACGCAUGCGCACGCGAAACGGUGGGUAGAGAAUCUGCUGGCUCGGGCAUAUCCUCCGAAUACGCAGAGGCGAAAGCGAGUUAAAGUGUUGAUCAACCCGUUCGGUGGGCAAGGAUACGCGGAGAAGUCGUGGAGGAAGGAGAUAGAGCCCAUCUUUGCCGCUGCGAAUUGUGUUGUGGACGUGGAGAGGACGCAAUACAGAGGCCAUGCUGUCGAAAUCGCACAGAAUCUGGAUAUCGAUGCGUACGAUGUGGUAGCCUGCGCUUCGGGUGAUGGGCUGCCCCAUGAAGUGUUCAACGGACUGGCAAAGCACAAGACACCGAAGCUUGCACUCCGCAAGAUAGCAGUCGUCCAGCUGCCAUGCGGGACUGGAAAUGCUAUGAGCUUGAAUCUGAGUGGCACAGACUCGCCAUCGCUUGCUUCUCUGGAGAUUGUCAAAGGAACGAGGACACCGCUUGAUCUGGUUGCCAUCACCCAAGGUGACAAGACGUACUACAGCUUCCUCUCCCAAGCCGUGGGCAUCAUCGCCGAGUCCGAUCUCGGAACUGACAACUUGCGAUGGAUGGGAUCGUUCCGCUUCACCUGGGGCAUUCUCGUGCGACUGCUCGGGAAGACGAUUUAUCCGGCGGAGGUUUCACUGGUGGUGGACUCGGACGACAAAAGACUGAUCAAGGAGACGUACCGACAGGUGGCCGAGGAGCAUGAAGCUGCUAGAGCGAAGCACUUAUGUCGUGCGACGUAUGAGGAUGAUCUACCCCAGGGCGACAACGCACAACUCCCCGAGUUACGAUUCGGCACGGUCACGGAUCCUCUCCCAUCGAACUUUGCAACUCGAGACAUUGCAAAUCUGGGCAACUUUUACGUCGGAAAUAUGUGUUACAUGUCGGGGGACGCACCUUUUUUCACCGCAACAUUGCCCUCUGAUGGCAAGAUGGACAUGGUCAUCGCGCCGGGCGAUAUGGCCCGAAUGACAGCUAUUCGAAUGCUCACGACGGUCGAGCAAGGCACUCUCAUCAACUUUCCGGAAAUUUCGUACUCGAAAGUCCUGGCCUACCGCAUCACACCGCGCAUGGCACCCAAGGAAGGAUUGAUAUCUAUUGACGGCGAGCAAGUCCCGUUUGAACCCUUCCAGGGGGAAGUUGUUCCCAAACUUGGAACAGUACUCUCGAAGAGCGGUGCGAUUUAUGAAAUUGGUGGUCUGGCUCCGCUGUAG